UAAAGCUUUUUCUUUCACACAUAGCCUACGCACGAAAGUUACUAGGAGGAAGGAUGCCAUAACAUGACACAAACAGAAAUUCCAGUGGCCUCCCAGACCUUCGAGAGCCACUCCCCUGCUCAGCCCGUUGAGUCUUUAUUUGCUUACCUAGCCUCCAGGUGGACAGCUCCUGCGCACUCGCUGCCUGGGAAGAUGACUGACUGUGAGUUUGCAUACGUCCACUCGCUGGCUCAGGACUACCUGCAGUGCGUCUGGCAGGAGCCCUCCCUCUGUCCGGCUCCCAGCAAGGCAUCCAGGCUGCUACAGAAAGUUGCAUUCUCAGCUCAGAAAGAAGUCGAGAAGAAUCUGAAACCAUACCUGGAGAACUUUGAGGUGACCUCCAUCGAUGAUGCCAGAAUCAUCUUCAAUCAAGUGAUGGAAAAGGAAUUUGAAGAUGGGAUCAUUAACUGGGGGCGGAUAGUGACCAUAUUUGCUUUUGGGGGUGUUCUCCUGAAGAAACUUCCACGACAGCAGACCGACCUUGAUGUGGACACUAAUGAGCAGAUUUCUUCUUUUGUGGCUGAAUUCAUAACGAAUAACACAGGAGAAUGGAUACGGCAGAACGGAGGCUGGGAAAACGGCUUUAUAAAGAAGUUUGAACCCACCUCUGGCUGGCUGGUGCUUCUGGAUGUUGCAGGACACAUCUGGGAAAUGCUCUUUUACCUGAAGCAAUACUACUGACCAGAAAGAACCUGGGCUCCUGAGAGAACUAUUGUAAGCACUUAGCAAUUCCAUUUUUAAACAAACAACUUUGAUGAUGGAAGUUGACUUUUGAGAGAUGCAGACACGUUGUUCCCAUUGUAAUGAAUAAAUUGUACAUAUCUGUCACUGUA